AUGAAAUCUUACACAGCGAUAUUAGCUUUGUGCCUUGUCGUCCUCGUGAUGACUCAACAAGCAACUUCCGAACCAGCUCCUGCACCAGCUAAGAGUGGUCACCACAAUAAUGGUGGAUACGGCGGUGGAUACGGCGGUGGACACGGUGGACAUGGAAAUGGUGGAUAUGGAAAUGGUGGAUAUGGAAAUGGAGGAUAUGGUGGUGGUCAUGGAAAUGGUGGUCAUGGUGGACAUGGAGGUGGUGGACACGGAGGACAUGGAUCACAUGGAUCACAUGGACAUGGACAUCAUUAA